GUCCUGGGGUUGGCAACCAGUGUCACAAAACAAUAUGUGCAUUAGUUGUUUAAUGAGAAACUAAUUUGCUCUGUAAACCUUCAUCUAAAGUACAAUUAAAAAAAAACUAUCUUUCUCCUCUCUUAUUUGCCCUGCUUCCACUCACCCCUACCUCAGAUUUAAGAUCAAUCCUAAUGCCAAUAUAUUAAGAAAACUAUGCAUUUUCAAAAGAGCCCUGGUGGUGCAAUGAUUAAGCGCUUGGCUGCUAACCUAAAGGUUGGUGGUUUGAAUCCACCCAGCCACUCUGUGGGAGAAAGACCUGGCCAUCUAAUCUGCUCCUGUAAAGAUUACAGCCUAGAAUAGCCUAUGGGGCAGUUCUGCUCUGUCACAUGGGGUCACAGUGAAUUGAAAAUUGACUCGAUGGCACCCAACACCACCAUGCAUUUUGAAGUGCAGUUAGAUAUAAUAUAGUACCAGCUAAAACACAUGAAAUAAUUCAAGAUUCACUUUAGAGUCACUAUAAAUAUUUUCAUUGAUUUCCUCAUCUACUUGUUUCUCAAGUCUUAGCACUGAGGGAAGAUAAUUUAAGAUGCAAACAAACUUAUUUAAUUAUUUUAUGUUUUAGCUUUUAGGCUUUGAAAUAAUGUUUUGUACUACAUUUUGUUUUAGAUAUAUGAUUUUAGUGACAAGAUGGAAUAAGUAAUCAUUUUUGGACUAGCCUAAGAACCUAAAAAUUCUGGAAAAUAUUUCCAGAGUUAUAAUGUUAACCUUUCUGAAUAAAUAUUUGGAAUAUAAUUCAUUUGCAAGUUAAGGUCUUAGUAUAAUUGAUGAUGGGUAUUAAGAAGAGUUUAAACACUGGAUCUUGGUUUAUUAUAGUGAACCUAUGAUUAGUAUCUUCAUCAUAGAUAAUGGAGUUAUAGUUCUCUGCCUUCUAAGCUUGAUGUAAUUCAGUCUUCGGUUUAAAGAAUACGUAUUUCUCACUUUUUUUGUUUUUCACUUUCUUAACUUGAAAAAGCUUUAUGAGUAAGCAGUGAAACUUGGCAUGAGGAGUUUUUACCUGAAACCAUUCAGUUUGAGACUCUGUAUUGUUCAAGUGGUACUCUGGAGCAAGCCUGUUUCUGUGUUUUAUAUAGGGACUGCUUUCUGAUGAUGAAUGAUAGAUGAUAUACAGGAUUAUGUUUACCUGCGUGCUGUAACAUAACAGCCUUGUGCUCAGAUUGUGUGGCACUAGGCUCAGGUUAUCUUGAGAUGAAACAUUUUCUUCCAUUCCCCUUUGAUGGGUCCCUUUAGAUUUCUAUGUGUUGAGAACAUUAGCUUAGUGUUCUUGGUUUGUUUAAUAAGUGGCUGGGCUAGCUCAAUGCCAUGUUGCCAGCUCAGUGAUGUUUGCAUUGGGAAGUGAGCUCUCUUCAGGCAGGACAAGGCCGUGUUACCGAGACUCAGGGCUAGCAAGUGAUGUGUAUUUGUCUGGGUCUAGCUGUCAGGUCUGAAAGGACAUCUUUUCAGGCUUAUUAUGAAGAGUCCAGUUCCCAUCAAAUUAAAUGGGAAGAUAUAACAUAGCUAAUGUUGUCCACAAUUCUCCUAACUUGCCCAUCAAAGAUCUGCCCCUGGUUUUACUCUAAUUACACCCAUGGGGUGGGGGUGGGAGGGGGAGAGUAUUUCUAUUCUGAACUAAUUCUUCAAUAAAUAAAGUCCACUGCUUGUUGACUGUAUAUGAGAUCCCAAUUUCAAAUUACAGUGUAAAGAGAUACCACAGUCAGUUCUACACCUUGUUCUCAUAAGGAAAGGAUACCAGUUUAUUUAGUACUUUUAGGAGAAAAAUAAGUGAUGGAGAUACUUGACGUCAGUUUCUGCCUUACCUCUAUGAUUAAUCUUGACUCCAGAUUUGUUAAGCAAAUGCAUCAUUGUCUUAUACUUUGCAGGCCUUAUAUUCUGUGAUUUAUAAUCUUGAAGAAGAACGACUUGCUUUCUUUUACUGUAUGUUCAAUCAAAGACUGUAGCAUUCAUUCUUGUUGUUUUAAUUAGAGUAUUUAGCACGAUAGAUUUAAAAUAGACUGAGUAAAAUACAGGUUGUUAUAAAUAUACAGUUGUAUUUCUGGUUAUAAUCAGAUUAACCUAUCUAAUUUGUAAGGAAUUGUGAAACACUGAAUAUUUCUAUUUCCCUAAGCAAUUAGAACAAAAGUAGACUCAGUUGUGCAUUUAAAAAAGUAUGCCUUUUUCCUAUUUUUACAAGUUUUAAAAUUAAAUGCAGAUAUUGUUUCUCAGUCACUGGGUAUAAUGGGAGGAAAUGAUUAAGAAGAAAAUGUUGCUAAAAAUAAUAAAAUUAAACAUUUUGUUUGUGCUUGUGUAUGACAAUUAAGACAAUGCUGUCUUCAGGAAAAAGCAGUUUAUAAAUUAAGUGUCCUGACAUUUAAGAAGUCUGAGAACCAAGGUCUCAGGAACCAAGGAAGGGAGGUUAAAAGUUGUAUGUUUCAGUCAUUUGUAGAGAUUCUCACUUCACAGUGUGUUUUUGUAGGAAUUUGUUCCAUGGAGUUUUGUGGUUCAUUCUUUGCAGGUAACUGGUAAUUGCUUUCCUCUCCUAAAAACAAACCCGACCUGGUAAUCUUAUUCUUUUGUUCAUGAGAAGUUCAAAUAAGCAAAAAAAAUGAGUAUAGUAUAGCAACAUCAACUCUGUUCUGUUUACAUGUACUUCUGUGGGGAGGGACACUGGCUACCUUAGAGAUCUUCUGACAUUUUGGUAAUGAAUUUGGUAAAGCCGGAGCCAGUAACAUUUACUUUAUAGUUGCUACUCAGGAGACUGAAGAGGCAGAGCUGAGAGUAGAAUCAACGUCUGUACUUUAAAUUGAGAGAGUUGAACUAAGUGAUGGUUUAAUAUGUUAUGAUUUUGGUAUAUAGCAAUCAUGAGGGAAGUUCAUAACCUCAUGCGUUGUUGUUAUAUGCAUAAGCAGGCUUUAGGGAUAAAGAUGUGAGAAAUAAUAACAGUGUGGAUCCAGAUUCGCGUGGAUACAGGUGGUAAAAAGGGGCAAAAAAAUAUCUUGGGAUCGAAGUUUGUCUCCUUUCUGUGGUCCCAUGCUAUAGAAGAGCUGCGUGCUAGAAACAGUUCUGAGCACUUUCUGUAUAUUAUUAAUUCAUUUAAUUUUCCCAACAGACAACCUUAUGAGGUAAUUAGUUAUUAUUCCCAUUGUACAGGUAAAGAAACUGAAGCACAGAGAGGUAAUAUAAUACUGCUUAUAAGAGUCUGGAUUUGAACCCCGACAACUUUCUCUGGACUUGGGGUACCCAACCACUACACUCUAUAUUGCUAGAUAGAUAAUCCAUGUUCUGUGACUUUGUCAUACUAGUUAUUACAUAACCCAUUGCCAUCGAGUUGAUUCCGACUCAUAGCGACCCUAAAGGACAGAGUAGAACUGCGCUACAGGGUUUCCAAGGAGAAGCUGGUGGAUUCAGACUGCUGACCUUUUGGUUAGCAGCCAAGCUCUUAAUCACUGCGCCACCAGGGAUAAAAUGCCCCUUUUAACCCACCAUUCAUGCAAUCAUCAGUUUUUGAGUGUGUGCUCUGUGCCAGGCACAGUAUCAAGUCCGACAGAUACAGAAGAGAGAGAAAUCCGUCUCUCAUUAGACUUGCAGCUGAGUCAGAGAGACAGACUAAAUCAACCACAGAAACGUGAGGACAAACUGGACUAAGAGAAGGAGUGUUGAGAGCAUAAAGCAGGGGCCUGAUCCCAUCAGGUUGCCAGAGAAGGCCCCACCAGAGUGAUUGAGAACUGAGAUCCGCAGCAAAGGGGAGGAGGUCACCAUCUAAACCCUCCAUGAUGUAAAGCAGACCCUUCAAGCCUGGUCUCUUAGGGAGCUUUCCCUGGCCCCCUUCAGAGCCCUUGCUGUCAAUGCCUUAAUAAGGUUUCAGACUCCUCCUGUGUCCCCGUAUUUGUUCAGGUUCCUGUGCAAAUUCUAAGGAUUAAGUAAAUGCACAUUGAUUGAACUGCAGUCAUCUUUGGUGACUUGUGUUCCGUUCCACCUUCUGCUUCCUGCCUUUUACCAGGUGUUGGGAGUGGCUGAAUGUAGCUUCGGAACAGACAUGGGAGGUAGGAGAGUGAGUCAGAUAGUAUGCCUUGACUCUCUAAACACUUUUUAUAAGCAGAUAUAUGUAAUUUGAAAGAGAGCUUUUAUUUUUAAAAUCUACCUCUUCAUUACUUUGUCUUUUAGCACAUUCUCGGAGAAUGCACUGUACAUGGUUUGAUGUUCUCUUACAGCUAUACUCAGAAAGUUAAUUUCACUAGCUCCCCUGGCAUUAGCACUGAAGUUAUAGUGACACAUUUUUAAAAAUUCAUUCACUAAUUAUUAAUUAAGCCAAAUUAACGCUCUAGGAUGGAUGCACUCUCAGUACUUUUAUAAAUGUAAAGCAUCUGUCUGACAGGAAGCAUUGCAAGGCUUAUAAAGGUAUAGAAAACUUGGUUACUGCACUCAGGGUGCUCUCCAAUUUAGUAUAAAGGAAAAUAAUCACAACAGAGCUGUGAGGGCCCAUCAGGAAGUGAUUUAGAGUAUGUACCUUAUAUGGGAACCAGAUUGCCUGUCUCCAGCAUGGCACUUUGUGACCUUGGGCGUCUAAUUCUCAACGCUUCCUGAGUAAAAUGGGAAUUAUAAUGGAAAUUUAUAGGGGUGAUUGUGAGGAUUAAUUAGCCAAAUUGUAUAAAGUGCCUGGCACAUAGUAUGCAUUAUAUUACUGUUUGUUUUUAUUAUCAUCGUUGUUGUCAUGGUUAUUGUGUGUAUCAUUGAAUGUCAUAUUUUGGAGUCUAAGUAGAAAGGGGAGGGGUUUCUGAACUGAACAAGAAAAGCGUCAUGGGGCUGUAUUUAAGUUGUUGUUAGCUGUUGCGGAGUCGGCUCUGACUCACAGUGACCUUAUGUACAACAGAACUAAACAUUGCCUGGUCCUGCGUCAGCCUCACAAUUACCAGCAUGUUCGAAUCCAUCAUUGUGGCUGUUGUACAGAUCCAUCUCACCCAGGGUCUUCCUUGCCCUCACUGGCCCUUUCUUUCACCAAACAUGAUGUCCUCCUGUAGCAAUUAAUCCCUCCUUAUGACGUGUCCAAAGCAAGCAAGUUAAACAAUGUUCUAUUCUGAUCUAUAAAGUUUUCCCUGGCUAAUUUUCGGAAGUAGAUCCCAGGCCUUUCUAGUCUGUCUUCAUCUGGAAGCUCCAUUGAAACCUGUCCAUCAUGGGUGACCCUGCUGGUAUUUGAAAUACCAGUGGCAUAGUAGCUUCCAGCAUAAUAGCAACAUGCAGGUUAUCACAGUAUAACAAAGUGAUGGAUGGAUGGUGGAUAUUUAAGUCUAGUGAAAUGGAAACAAUUUUCAUAGGCAGAGAUGAUGAGAAUAUUCCAGAAAAAACUUCAGAUACAGGAAGGUAUCAAGUAUGUUUAGGGAAUGGUGAAGAAUCCAGGCUAGUGAAUAGGGUUCAUUUAAGGAGCCAUGACAAAUUCACCAGGAAAAGUAGGUUGGAACCAUAUCUUGGUGAGGGAUAGGUGGUCUGAGCUGGGCUUUCGAGCAGAAUUAACACUCUCGAAGGCUUGUUCUGGAAUUACUGGAGUAGGCAGGAGGUAGAGGCAGAAAGAAAAAGUGUUAGUCCUAAUGUGCAGUGGUCAAGGUUUGAAAUAAAGUGCUGAUGAUAGUUGUGAAAGAAAAGUCAGAAGCAGAUUCAUCAGGAAGCUAAUGAAAGUUACGAUUCGGUGCCCCUUCCUUGCUUGGGCCUCUGUCUCAGGGCCAUUGGAGGAGUCCUAGUGGGGUGUUCAUAUGGUCAUAUGUUUUUGUAAAAUUAAAAAAGAUAUUUUGUGUCCUUUUUCUUAAAACAGGCCUCCCCUCAAAGGAUCCUUUUCGGGCCCCCAAACCUGGAUCCACCCCAUAGUUGAAAGAAACUAUGGAGAAAGAAUCAAUCCAGGUAAUCUAUUUAAAGAAGACUCCAGAAGAAGCCUACAGACUGCUCCUGUCUGGCUCAAAUUGUCCCUACCUUCCAUUCAGGGAUGCUUCCUUUGGAAAUUGCACUUACAAUCUCACCAUCCUCGACUGUUUGCAGGGAAUCCGAAAGGGAUUACAACAUGGAUUUUUUGACUUUGAGACAUUUGAUGUGGAUGAAUAUGAACAUUAUGAGCGAGUUGAAAAUGGUGACUUCAACUGGAUUGUUCCAGGAAAAUUUUUAGCAUUUAGUGGACCACAUCCAAAAAGCAAAAUUGAAAAUGGCUACCCUCUUCACGCCCCCGAAGCCUACUUUCCUUAUUUCAAAAAGCAUAACGUGACUGCAGUUGUGAGGCUGAAUAAAAAGAUUUAUGAGGCGAAGCGCUUCACAGAUGCUGGCUUUGAGCACUAUGACCUCUUCUUCAUAGAUGGCAGCACCCCAAGUGAUAACAUCGUGCGGAGGUUCUUGAACAUAUGUGAGAACACGGAUGGGGCAAUCGCGGUUCACUGCAAAGCUGGACUUGGAAGAACAGGGACGUUGAUCGCCUGUUACGUAAUGAAACACUACAGGUUUACACAUGCUGAAAUCAUUGCUUGGAUCAGAAUAUGCCGGCCAGGCUCCAUUAUAGGACCCCAGCAGCACUUCCUAGAAGAAAAGCAAGCAUCACUGUGGGUCCAAGGAGACAUUUUCCGAUCCAAACUGAAAAAUAGACCAUCCAGUGAAGGAAGUAUUAAUAAAAUUCUUUCUAGCUUGGAUGACAUGUCUAUUAGUGGAAACUUGUCUAAAAUACAAAAUGUGGAGAGGUUUGGAGAGAAUAAUUUUGAAGAGGAUGAAGAUGUGGAAAUGAAGAAUGGUAUAACCCAGGGAGACAAACUACGUGCCUUAAAAAGUCAGAGACAGCCACGCUCCUCACCAUCCUGUGCAUUUAGGUUGGAUGAUAUAAAAGGACAACCAAGAUCAGCAUCACAGCCUUUCAGAUUGAGUUCUUCCUCACAAGGAUCUGCAUCUUCUUUGAAGACCUCAAAAGGGGCUUUGUCCCCUUCAGCGACGGCCAAGAGGAUAAACAGAGGUUCUUUGUCCUCAGGAGCCAGUGUAAGAAGCUUUUCCAUAAACUCCCGGCUAGCCAGUUCUCUAGGGAACUUGAACGCUGCAACAGAUGAUCCAGAGAACAAAAAGACCUCACCAUCCUCUAAGCCGGGUUUCAUAGCCAGCCCAUUCACCAACCUCUUGAAUGGCAGCGGCCAGCCGACUGCCAGAAAUUACUCUGAGCUCAACAACAACCAGUACAACAGAAGCAGCAGCAGCAGUGGGAGCAACAUGAACAGCUACCCCAGCCCCCAUGGCACCAAGACAGAGGAACACGGCAGCAUUCUCCGACCCUCCUAUACUGGGCUUUCUUCUUCUUCAGCGAGAUUCCUGAGCCGCUCAAUCCCCGUAAGUUCGCAGACACCACCUCUUGGUCCUCAGAACCCUGAAAGCAACUUUUGUGCCUUGCCUUCCCAGCCAAGGCUGCCACCAAAGAAAUUUAAUAGUGCCAAGGAAGCCUUCUGAUCGAUGCCUUUCCUCUGUGUUGUGAAACUGUCUUAGCACAUACACUCUGCUGGCUCCUCUUCAAGUAAAGGCCAAGUUUCAACUGGUUUUCUUCCUUCCUUCUUUUUCUUUCUUCCUCCCUUCUUUUUAAGUGGUUUCUCUUACAGCGGAAACAGCGUCUGUUCCCUUCAUCAUGGACAUUGUUGACUUAAGUUACUUUUCAGUUAAGUUUUCAAACCACUCUGAAUAUCUGGUACAAAGCCAGCAACUUAACUCAUGUGCUAUACAGUAUUUGGCUUGGUUGUGGUGGUAAUAGGAAUUAUGGCUUUUUCCACAUCGUAUAUUAAUGACUGAGUUUUUCAGUAUUUAAGUGUAGACUGUACUGAAUGAACAGUAUCUUCCCAGAACCAAGCCAUGAAUAUUUCACUUCCUGCAGGGAACUGACCCAGAGUUGAUUAAAUAGCAAAUGGAAUGUAUUUAUAAGGAAGGAUUAUAGAUAGGUAUAUGGGAUAUAGGGGAAGGGAGAUGCAGAGUAUCUAGAAGAUGUUUAGAAUUGGCUAUCAUUCUUCUAGAGACAGGUAGGAAGAUCUCCAAUGCAUUUUACCAAUGAGUGCUUUAUUUAAGUUACCACGCUCCCUUUGUAAUUAUCAAUAAUCACUGUUAGAGUAAAAUCUACUGGUUCAUCCCCUGCUAUGAACUACUUUAAUCAUAUAUUUCAGUUGCCUUAAAGGGAACUGGAAUCUGUUGAAAUGUGUUUUGAUUUGAGAAGGAAAAGGACGAAAUAGGAAGGAGAGAGAAGUAGACCCCACAUACCAAGAAAAUAUGGUUGAAACACUGAUUGUACUCGUUGCUCCAGCAAGCCCUGGGAGUAUCUUGAGAAGGCUGUGAUCUGUCAGCCCUUUAUACCCACUGUUCUUUAAGCAUUUCCUCAGCCAUUAUCCACAGUGAGGAUAAUGAUCUCCACCUGGGAGGAGAGGGGAGAAGGGAAAGUGCUGGUGGUGGUAUUCAGUGUGCUGUUCAUGGCUCACUCAGCAAGACAAGAAACCCAAAAAACCAAACUUAUUGCCGUUGAGUCAAUUCUGACUCAUGGCAACCCCAUGUGUUACAGAGUAGAGCUGAGCUCUGUGUGGUUUUCUUGGCUAUAAUCUUUAUGGAAGCAGAUCGCCAGAACUUUCUUCUAAGGCACCGCUGGGUGGGCUUGAACUGCCAACAAUUUGAUUAAUAGACGAGCCAAAGCAGUUUUUACCACCCAGGGCAGGACAAUAGCCCCGUGCUAAAGUGAAUGGCGCCCAGUUGUCUUAGGAAACUACUUUUCUAAUG